CAGUUUUCGCUCUGGUUAUUUAGAGUGGAGCAGUGCUGAAAUGUGGGUGAAGGAAUAACAUCGAAGAACACUGCCAUGACUUUUCUGCGAAAAGCCGUGUAGACCGUCUGUGUUGAAGUCAAGCAGAUGUAGACUACCUGCCAUCAUGGGUCGCUUCAGGUACACAGUUGAGGCGACGUUGAUAUUUCUAUCCGUCGCUCAGCUCACCUCAGCGCUGAAGUGUGUGUGUCAGCUGUGUGCCAACAACACCUGCGAGACGGGGGCGGACGGGGCCUGCUGGAACUCCGUCAUGCUCAUCAACGGCAGGGAGGAGGCCGUCAAGUCCUGCCUGUCGCCCUCGGAGAUGAGGGGCCAGGUGUUCUGUUACGGCUCGCGGAACGUCUCCAAGAGGAGCUGCUGCUUCACCGACUUCUGCAACAACGAGACCUUGCACUUGCAUACAGAGAGGCCUGCUGAGGGGUCUGGCUGGGGUCGGUUGGAGCUGGCGGCGGUGAUCCUGGUGCCCUCGUGCCUGCUGUGCGUGGGAAUCCUGCUGGGCGUGUGCGUUCUGCAGGGUCAGCGCUGUGCCCACGCCAGAGGCCGCAAGCAGGACGUGGAAGAGCCGCUGGACGACCAAAGCCUCAUGUCCGCCGAGAAGUGUUUGAAGGACCUGAUUUACGACAUGAGCACCUCCGGAUCAGGUUCAGGUUUGCCGCUGCUGGUUCAGCGGACCAUUGCCCGCACCAUCGUCCUCCAGGAGAGCAUCGGCAAGGGGCGCUUUGGGGAGGUGUGGCGGGGGAAGUGGCGUGGCGAGGAUGUGGCCGUCAAAAUCUUCUCCUCCAGAGACGAGCGCUCCUGGUUCCGCGAGGCCGAGAUCUAUCAGACCAUCAUGCUUCGCCAUGAGAACAUCCUGGGCUUCAUCGCCGCCGACAACAAAGAUAAUGGCUCGUGGACACAGCUGUGGCUGGUGUCUGAGUACCACGAGCACGGCUCCCUGUUCGACUACCUGAACAGGUACACGGUGUCGGUGGAAGCCAUGAUCGUGCUGGCCCUGUCCAUCGCCAGCGGCCUGGCCCAUCUCCACAUGGAGAUCAUUGGCACUCAGGGAAAACCAGCCAUUGCUCACAGAGAUAUCAAGUCCAAAAAUAUCCUGGUGAAGAAGAAUGGCACGGCCGUCAUCGCCGACCUGGGCCUGGCCGUGAAACACGACUCCGGCACCAACACCAUCGACAUCCCAGCCAAUCACCGAGUGGGCACUAAGAGGUACAUGGCGCCUGAGAUACUGGACGACACGAUCAAUAUGAACAGCUUCGAGACGUUCAAGCGGGCGGACAUCUACUCGCUGGGGCUGGUGUUCUGGGAACUGGCCCGGCGCUGCUCGUUUCGAGGAAUCCAUGAAGAUUUCCAGCUGCCUUAUUACGACUUGGUGCCUUCAGAUCCGUCCAUCGAGGACAUGAGGAAGGUGGUGUGUGACCAGAAGCUCCGGCCCAACGUUCCCAACCAGUGGCAGAGCUGUGAGGCGUUGCGAGUGAUGGGUAAAAUCAUCCGAGAGUGCUGGUACGCCAACCCCGCCGCACGACUCACCGCCCUGCGGGUCAAGAAGACCAUCUCUCAGGUGACGGUGGUCAAGGACAUCAAAGACUGAGCAGCCCCCCCGGGUGGGACGAGUUGGCUUUGGUCCGGCCUGAAUCCUCAAAGACACUGCAAGGUGACCCUAACACACCCCCUCCCCACCAACCCUGCACAGACUUCAAUGUAUGCCAAAGAACCCCAGUGUCUAGCAGCGAGGAUCCCCGUCCCACUGUUCUAUAUCCACAACUGAAUGUGAAUCAACAUGAAUGUGUAUUCAAAAACUGUGACUCUACGGAAAAAGAAAGGCUUUUGGAUAUGUGUACAUACUUUGCUACCUCAAGUGUUUUAUUUGUUUGUUUUCUAUUUUUAAAGUGCCAAAUGCUAUGAGUUGCACGUGUACGCUGCUUUAUUGUGCCAUAAAUGUUAUGCUUGGUGUUCAUGCAUACUGAUUGUAAAUGUUACUGAGUAACACUCUUGGCUCAGCUGAAGAGGAGGACUCGGUGUCGUCCUCUCCUUAGAUGGGCAGUCACUUGGUUACUACUGACCAAAGUCUCCACUGGAAGAUUAAUGUGUCUGAAUCUCCCUGUAAACAAUCACAUUAACACUCCUACAUGUACCCAAGGGGCCAAUCAGAUGGUUGUGUUUGUCAUCUAAGUGGUUGUCCUGGAAUAUCCCUUCUGAGAUGUUUCGGACGCUCUUCUCUGUGCCCCCUAGAAACCCAAGAAGCCAAAUAGAGAGAACAAUUUAAGCACAUUUCUGUCCAGAAUCCGUCUUUUAAAUAUUUCUAUCCGGUAGAUCUAUUUUUUAUCUAGCUUUGUGUAGAGGUACAGCUGGCAUCAGAUGUCGCUGAACUCUGGUCUCUCACCAGCUGCUGAUACGAAGAGAAGAUCAGGGAAACAUAUCAGUCAAAGAGAAGCCUAGAGAGUACAGAUGAGUACACACUGUGAGCUGUACUGUGUGUUGGAGAAAGAGAGAGAAAAACAUUCACUCAAUGCCUUCAUCAUGAAGGCUCUGUCUAGUGAAGCCUUACUUCUUCAAACUUGCAAAAAUAUAGAGAUUAUAUGAAUGUCUAUCGAUCUUCAUAGUGAAAUUUAUAAUCCCCAAAGGUUUUAAUGGAUGCACUUUUCUUGUACUGUGUGACACUAAACAAUGUUUAUACAUUUAACUUCAGUGGAAAAUGCUUUACUGGAUGUUUUUAUGUGCAAAUAUAAUUAUGAUCGUAAAAAAAGUGAUUUUAGAGGUCUUAUUAACAAAUCACUAUAAUUGAAGGACUUAUGACAGCACCUUGUUGACAGAUUGAUAGCCGAAACUUUGCAGUUAGCUGUUCAUUAUCUAAGAUGGGAAGUAUAUGUGCUGUGUUAAAACAGUGUUUUGUGUAAACAGUGACUGCUUGAUUGCCUAUGUCAUGAACAGUACUGUCAUUGUCUCAUACAAAGGCUUUAUGGUUAUGCUAUGAUACUCUGAAAGAGGAACAUGAAGUGAAUCUGGUUUUGUAUCUCCCUGUCUGGGGGCCGUGCCAGGUGAGCGCUGAACUGGAAGCAGGCAUCCGUUUGUGUCUGCGGUUACUGGGUUCUUCUUUUUCUGUGCUGCUGCUCGUGUGUGUGUGUGUGUGUGAGUGUGAGACACUCUGGUCUGUUACCACAGGAGGCUGUUUUUAAAGAGAAAAAAAAAGUCAAGCAAGCACUCCUUAGGCUUUCAUAUGUACUCUGUUGUCUUUAGAUUUGGGGUAUAUAUAGAUGAAGAUAUAUAUACUGACCCUAAAAUGCUUUUUAUCUUAACCGUGUCUAGUUGCUAACGUGGCUUAUGAAAACGAAAAGAAUAAUCUUCUUGCACUGUACCACUGUGACACUGACUUGCUCUGCAUGACGCCUAGUGUGAAACACAGUCAGUGGCCUAAUCAUUUGAUGCUUUGUCUUUGGUUCCAAUUCAUGUGUUGACUGUCCAGCGUGUGUCCAUGCAUGCCAAUGUCACAGUGAGCAUGUGUGGCCUGUCCCUCUCUUUGCACAUAGCACUGGAGUCAGAUGCAAAGCAGUAGGCAGAGCUUAACCUCCUGGGGAUCGCCAUUUACAGUAUGGGAAAAUAGGGUCCAAAAGCCCUUUUACACACUGCUGAAGUCUAUGUUUUGGAACAUAGCACAAUGCAUGUGAAGUAUUCUUAGAAUCUCUUGCACAUUAGCUACAUAAUGGCUCACUGAAUGGAGUACAGUACAUAUGAAUGCCUUCAGGUUUGCAAACAGUGUUGUAUGUUACAAUGUCUCUCCUUGGAGGCCCAUUCCAAACAGGAGAUGGUUGCAGUUCUUACCAGGUGCAGCGUUGUCGUUCCUUGCUGAGCCACACCACAAAGAAUGCUUUGGGGAAUUUAUCUCUGUUUUUGUUUUGUUUUAUUUUGUUAUUAUGCUAAAAGCAUGUAAAAUGGGCACUCAUACUCCACGUUAUGCUUUGAGUUCCGAUCUCUGUGUCUUAUUACAACUAGCAGUAUACUUUAUCUCUCAAGAUUGUUCUAUUUAUUGUAUUCAGAUGUAUGUGAACUGUGAAUAAAGUAUUUUUGGUU